UACUACUUAUUACUUUUUGAUAAUUUGAUAAGUCAUACACUUGCCACCGUAUACGUGACACAACAAACUAUUCAUAGACUUUUCCUGUAUAUAUAGUUGCUACUAUCUUUUAUUGGUUCUUUGAAUACAGUGAGAAACUUUCAUUUGCUCUAAUUUUCAUAUUAAUGGCGGCUCGUGUGUUUGCCUCGCGUGUCUCUCGCUCUUUGACAUCCUCUUCUCAUCUGCUCUCAAGAGGAAGUAAAUCCCAUCUGGGCAGAAUAGCUGCUUAUCAAUACAGCACGGCGGCUGCUUUUGAGGAACCUAUCAAACCAGCUGUCAAUGUGGAACAUACUAAACUUUUUAUCAAUGGUGAAUUUGUUGAUGCUGCAUCAGGAAAAACAUUCCCGACUCUCGACCCCAGGACAGGGGAGGUAAUUGCACAUAUUGCUGAAGGUGAUGCAGAAGAUAUAAAUCGGGCAGUAGCUGCUGCUCGUAAGGCUUUUGACGAAGGACCAUGGCCUAAAAUGAAUGCUUAUGAAAGGUCAAAGAUAUUGUUGCGCCUUGCUGAUCUGAUUGAAAAACAUAACGAUCAAAUUGCAACGCUCGAGACUUGGGAUACUGGGAAACCAUAUGAACAGGCUGCUAAGAUUGAAGUACCAAUGGUUGUACGUCUGCUCCGUUAUUAUGCUGGCUGGGCAGAUAAAAUUCAUGGUAUGACUAUUCCUGCUGAUGGACCGUAUCAUGUUCAGACGUUGCACGAACCAAUUGGGGUUGCUGGUCAGAUUAUCCCAUGGAAUUUUCCUCUUCUCAUGUUUUCUUGGAAGAUUGGACCCGCUUUAGCUUGUGGGAAUACUGUCGUGCUAAAGACAGCUGAGCAGACACCAUUAUCUGCAUUCUAUGUAGCACAUCUAUUACAGGAGGCUGGGCUGCCUGAAGGUGUUUUGAACAUCAUUUCUGGUUUUGGUCCAACAGCUGGUGCUUCUCUUUGUAGUCAUAUGGAUGUGGAUAAGCUUGCUUUUACUGGAUCGACAGAUACAGGAAAAGCUAUACUUACGUUGGCUGCUAAGAGCAAUCUUAAGCCUGUGACUCUGGAACUUGGAGGGAAAUCCCCUUUUAUUGUUUGUGAGGAUGCUGAUAUUGAUACGGCCGUUGAACAAGCUCACUUUGCUCUCUUCUUUAAUCAGGGGCAAUGUUGCUGUGCUGGAUCUCGGACUUAUGUUCACGAGAAAGUUUAUGAUGAAUUUCUGGAGAAGGCAAAGGCACGUGCCUUGAAACGCACAGUUGGUGAUCCGUUUAAAUCAGGCACCGAGCAGGGUCCUCAGAUUGAUUCAAAACAGUUUGAUAAGAUCAUGAAUUACAUUAGAUGUGGUAUCAAUAGUGGAGCAACUCUUGAAACUGGAGGUGAGCGACUUGGUGAACGGGGAUACUAUAUUAAGCCCACAGUUUUCUCUAACGUUAAGGACGAUAUGCUGAUUGCACAAGAUGAAAUUUUUGGUCCAGUGCAGUCCAUCUUAAAAUUUAAGGAUCUUGAUGAUGUGAUACGGAGAGCUAAUAACAGUCGGUAUGGUCUAGCUGCUGGAGUAUUUACACAGAACAUUGACACUGCAAACACAUUGACACGAGCCUUGAGAGUGGGAACGGUAUGGGUUAAUUGCUUUGAUACCUUCGAUGCUACAAUUCCUUUUGGUGGCUAUAAGAUGAGUGGACACGGAAGAGAAAAGGGAGAAUACAGUCUCAAGAAUUACUUGCAAGUAAAGGCAGUUGUGACCCCAUUGAAGAAUCCAGCAUGGUUAUAAACAUAAUCCUCCUCAGAAAUUUUUACAAAUAAAACUAUAUCAAGUUGCUUUAUUUUAUGAUGCUGAUGACGAUAAAGUGUUGGUUUUCUUUCAAACUUGCUACUAUAGGCAAACUGCAAUUAAUGUAAACAGACGGCAGGUUAAUUGAAUCAUCGUUUCUCUUAUAUAUA